AUGAGGAAAAUCAAAUUCCUUCCUCAUCUGUUAGGGGACUCCCACUCCCUGGCAAGUUAUAGACGAAGGAUCUUGAUUUCAGAUGACAAAAAUGGUUUUGAAGGUUGGUUUCACAACAACUAUCCAACCGAAAACCAACACUUUGAGACAUACAAUCUAGAGAUUACUGCAGAAAAAUUGUCAUCAAGAAGCAUGGUGAAUCCUGCUGCUGGGAUAUCAGGUUGGCUGAAGAAUAAUGUGAGGCAAGAAGACUUCGUUGUAAUGAAGGCAGAAGCACAAGUUGUUGAUGAGAUGAUGGAGGAGAAGACAAUCUGCUUGGUGGAUGAGUUGUUCUUAGAGUGCAAGAACCACUUUCAAGAUGAUGGAGUGGGAGACGAAAAUGAAAGCAAGAGGGCCUAUUGGCAGUGUUUAGCUUUGUACGGAAGCUUGAGAGAUCAAGGGGUUGCCGUGCAUCAAUGGUGGAAUUGA